CGCCGCUGCCCCGUGGCUGCUGUGACAACAAGGGGAGCCGGCCCGACCGGCGCAGUGAUUCGGGCGACUGCGUGGGAGGGGGCCGCCCCGCCUCGCCGUGACGGUAGCAUGCAGUAGCGGAGGAGGCGGGGAUGUGGCCUGUCCCCUAGCCGGCAGCCGGGAGGGCCAGCCCUGGGCCGGGGCAGGGAUGAGCCAUGGCUUCGGUGAAGGUGGCUGUCCGCGUCCGGCCCAUGAACUGCAGGGAAAAGGACCUGGAUGCUAAAUUUAUUAUUUCAAUGGAAAAAAAUAAAACAACAAUCACAAAUAUAAAGAUACCAGAAGGAGGAACAGGAGACCUAGGAAGAGAACGGACAAAAACAUUUACCUACGACUUCUCCUAUUUCUCAGCAGAUAGUAAAAGUCCUAUUUAUGUGUCUCAAGAAGUGGUUUUCAAAAAUCUUGGCACAGAUGUCCUUGCAUCUGCUUUUGAAGGUUAUAAUGCUUGUAUUUUUGCGUAUGGACAGACUGGAUCUGGGAAGUCCUACACUAUGAUGGGAAAUGCUGGUGAUGCUGGUUUAAUACCUAGAAUUUGUGAAGGAUUAUUCAGCAGAAUAAAUGAAAAAACAAGAUGGAAUGAAGCAUCAUUUCGAACAGAAGUCAGUUAUCUGGAAAUAUAUAAUGAACGCGUGAGAGAUCUGCUUAGGCGGAAAUCAUCAAAAACGUAUAAUUUAAGAAUACGAGAGCAUCCGAAAGAAGGGCCUUACGUUGAGGAUUUGUCCAAACAUUUAGUACAAAAUUACAGCGAUGUAGAGGAACUUAUGGAAGCAGGAAACAUAAAUCGAACCACUGCUGCAACUGGAAUGAAUGACGUUAGCAGCAGGUCUCAUGCCAUUUUCACGGUCAACUUCACUCAGGCUAAAUUUGAUGCUGAAAUGCCUUGUGAGACUGUUAGCAAGAUCCAUUUGGUAGAUCUUGCUGGAAGUGAGAGAGCAGAUGCCACUGGUGCUACAGGGGUUAGAUUAAAGGAAGGAGGGAAUAUUAACAAAUCUCUAGUUACUCUGGGAAAUGUCAUUUCUGCCUUAGCUGAUUUAUCUCAGGAUGCAACAAAUCCUCUUGCAAAGAAGAAGCAAGUAUUUGUGCCUUACAGGGACUCUGUGUUGACUUGGCUGUUGAAAGAUAGCCUAGGAGGAAACUCUAAAACGAUAAUGAUUGCCACUAUUUCACCUGCUGAUGUCAAUUAUGGAGAAACCUUAAGUACGCUUCGCUAUGCAAAUAGAGCCAAAAACAUCAUCAACAAGCCUACUAUUAAUGAGGAUCCUAACGUCAAACUAAUUCGUGAGCUGAGAGCUGAAAUAGCCCGAUUAAAAACCUUGCUCGCUCAAGGGAAUCAGAUUGCACUCUUGGAUUCUCCAACAGCUUUAAGUAUGGAGGAGAAGCUUCAGCAGAAUGAAGCAAGAGUACAAGAGCUGACCAAAGAGUGGACAAACAAGUGGAAUGAAACCCAAAAUAUUCUAAAAGAACAAACCUUAGCCCUUAGGAAAGAAGGAAUUGGUGUUGUUUUAGAUUCGGAACUGCCUCACCUCAUUGGCAUUGAUGAUGAUCUUCUCAGUACUGGGAUCAUCUUGUAUCACUUGAAGGAGGGCCAAACAUAUGUUGGCAGAGAAGAUGCUGCGACAGAACAGGAUAUUGUUCUUCAUGGCCUUGAUUUGGAAAGUGAGCACUGCGUGUUUGAAAAUCUCAGCGGUACAGUGAAUUUAAUACCACUGAAUGGAGCACAGUGUUCUGUGAAUGGAAUUCAGAUUACAGAGGCCACACAACUAAACCAAGGUGCUGUUAUAUUACUUGGGAGAACCAAUAUGUUUCGCUUUAAUCAUCCCAAGGAAGCUGCCAAACUGAGGGAAAAAAGAAAGAGUGGACUACUGUCUUCCUUCAGUUUAUCUAUGACAGAUCUUUCAAAAUCUUGUGAGAACCUCUCAGCUGUCAUGCUUUAUAAUCCAGGUCUAUUCCCUGUAAAAGGACCAAUCUGUCUAAGACUAGAAUUUGAGAGACAACAACGAGAGGAACUGGAAAAAUUAGAAAGUAAAAGGAAACUGAUAGAAGAAAUGGAAGAAAAACAAAAAUCUGACAAGGCAGAACUAGAAAGAAUGCAGCAAGAGGUGGAGUCACAGCGCAAGGAAACAGAAAUAGUACAACUGGAAAUACGAAAACAGGAAGAGAGCCUGAAACAGCGAAGCGUUCACAUUGAAAGCAGGUUAAAAGACUUGCUGGCUGAAAAAGAGAAAUUUGAAGAAGAAAGACUACGAGAACAUCAGGAGAUAGAAUUUCAGAAAACGAAACAACAGGAAGAAAUUUUUGCUAGAGUUAAAGAAGAACUGCAACGCUUGCAAGAACUUAAUAAUAAUGAAAAAGUUGAGAAAAUGCAGAUUUUCAGAGAACUAGAAAAACUUAAAAAGGAAAAAGAUGAACAGUACAUCAAGCUGGAAUUAGAAAAAAAGAGGCUUGAAGAACAAGAAAGGGAGCAGGUGAUGCAAGUGGCUCACCUAGAAGGACAGCUUCGAGAGAAACAGGUCAUGAUACAGCUACUCAAAAGAGGGGAUGUGCAAAGGGUUGAAGAAGAGAAAAGAGAACUUGAAGAUAUUAGAGAAUCUCUCUUGAGGGUCAAGGAAGCUAGAUCUGAAGGUGACGAAGACAGUGAAGAAUUAGAAAAAGCACAGCAUAAUUUUAUGGAUUUUAAAAGAAAUCAGUUAGAACAAUUAACUAUUUUGGAGAAAGACUUAUUUCAACAAAGGGAUCAUCUAGAAAAGGAAGUAGCAGAUGAACAUGAAACUCUGGAACGUUUAAAAUAUGCACACAAAGAACAGUUAAACCUCCUCAAGAAAGACAAUGAAAAUGUUGUGGAUGCUGCACUGAUGGUUGAAGAAUUUGACAAGAUAAAGCCAGCAGAAUACAGGCUCCAGUAUAAAGAGCGCCAGCUUCAAUACCUAAUGCAUAAUCACUUGCCAGCUUUGUUGGAAGAAAAACAGAGAGCUUCUGAAGUCCUUGAUAGAGGUCUGCUAGGGUUAGACAAUACUCUUUAUCAAGUUGAGAAAGAAAUGGAAGAAAAAGAAGAACAGCUUGCGCAAUAUAGAGUGAGCACUAACCAACUGCAGCAGCUCCAAGAAACAUUUGAAUUUACAGCCAACAUAGCUCGUCAGGAGGAAAAAGUUCGGAAAAAAGAAAAAGAAAUUCUCGAAUCAAGGGAAAAACAGCAGAGAGAGGCACUGGAGCAAGCAGUAGCUAAGCUGGAAAGGAGACACUCUGCUCUGCAGCGUAGUUCCACAAUAGACGUUGAAAUUGAAGAGCAAAAACAAAAACUUGCAAUUCUGAACAGCAGCUGCAGUGAACAGGCAGGUCUGCAGGCUAGUCUAGAAGCUGAACAAAAAGCCCUGGAACAGGAUAGAGAAAGACUGGACCAGGAAAUUCAACAGCUGAAGCAGAAGAUAUAUGAAGGUGAUGGUGUACAAAAAGGGUAUCAUGGAACAGUAGAGGAGAGACUCUCUCUCACCAAUUCCCCUACCAGCCCUACAAAGUCACAGUCCCAUUUUAUUCCACUGGUUGAUGACAGAAUAAAUGCAUUAAUUGAAGAAGAAGUGCAAAGGCGUCUUCAGAAUAUUCACCACACAUCUGAAAAUAACAGUAUGGGCCUGUCUCAGUCUACAGAACUUCUACAGGCUAGUGAAAUGCUUCAUAAUGGUACUGUUCAGCGCAAGUUGAAGUAUGAGCGGAUGAUCUGUCGCUCUCUGGGAGCAAAUCCAGAUGACCUAAAGGACCCAAUUAAAAUUAGCAUUCCGCGCUAUGUCCUUUGUGGGCAGGGAAAAGAUGAGCACUAUGAGUUUGAGAUAAAGAUAACAGUCCUGGAUGAGACCUGGACAGUAUUCAGGCGGUAUAGUCGUUUUCGAGAAAUGCAUAAAACUUUAAAGUUAAAAUACCCAGAGCUUGCUACUUUAGAAUUCCCUCCAAAGAAGCUAUUUGGAAAUAAGGAUGAAAGAGUGAUCGCGGAACGGCGGAGUCACUUAGAGAAAUACCUCAGGAACUUUUUCUGCAUGAUGCUCAAGUCUCCAUCAUCUCCGUUACACAUCGAUAAAGUUGGACCAACCCUGUCAAAACACACCAUCUGUGAGUUCUCACCAUUCUUCAAGAAAGGAGUGUUUGACUACAGCAGCCACGGGACCAGCUAACCGUUGUGCCCGGGACUCUUUGCCAGUGGAGCAGAAUCCAAAGCUGUGCCUUCCAUUCUGUAGUGUCAGAAAAAUGCAAAUAAAGAAUCAAUCUCCAUGCCUGAAAAUUUCCAUCAGAAAUUUUGCCAGUUAAAAACAGAUAUGCAACAAUGCUGACCUUCAUCCUUUAGCGGUUGUCGUAUUUAGUGCCUGCAUUUUCUUGGCAUGGAAUAUACAAACAUUUGUUAGCGCUAGUUGCUCUGGUAAUGAUGUACAAAAAUUCUAAUUCUCAUGCUGUGUUGGGAUCCACUCAUUAGUGGAAGUGCUUCCUUUACGUUUGCUCAGACAAUUCAUUAUAGUACUGCAAGAUUAUCUCCUGUUUACUGUGGUUAUGUAGUCAUAAGGGGAGUUUUUCUAAUGUUCAGUUUCCACCAAGCUGUUUCUUAAGAUUAUUUCCUGUUUUUCAUUUCCCCUUAACAUAUUGUGGCAUUUGAGACGAUACUCACGCUCCAUUGGUAUUUAUUUAUCCCAAGAAGCACAGUUUAACUAUUUGAUUGUACAGUUUUCCUUAUAAGAAUCAAAGGACCUGUGACUUGAACAUUUACAAAAUAUGUACUGCAGAGGAUUUUAAUUCAAACUCUGUAAAAGUCUUCCAUGCUUGAUUAUACAGAUGCAGAAUGAAUCACUUGCCAUUAAUUAAAAGAAAGGAAACAAUAGUUAUUCAAGAAUGAGGUCAGCAUCUUUUCUCAUUUUCUAAUGACCUGGAAUGUAACUAUACUGUGCACUUUACAGAGGUCUCAGCAAUGCAUAGAACUAAGGUAAAAAGCUGUAUAUUUUGGAAUAGAUGGUUUCUUCACAAUAGAGUAACACUUAUCUGAAUUUUAGUUGCACAAAUUAGAAUUUACGAGGUUUUACUCAUACUUUAAAAUUACUCAGGACUUGUUUAGAAUUGCACAUGUAUAUACAGUAUAGUAUCCAUUUUGUAUUACUAUAGAACAAAAAAAAAAUUAACUGGAAUGAGGACAUGUACAGGUUAUAUAUAAUAGAUUGUGUAAAAAGUAGAGCUGUCAAGUGAUUAAAAAAUGUAUCACGAUUAAUCGCACUG